GUUUGCAUUGAGAAACAGGACUUGACUGAUUUAGGUGUUAAGUUUGGGCCUGCGAUUCAAAUCAUAAAAAAUGUAGAGAUACUGAGAAAUGACUUGGAGAGUGUAGGGAGAAGCAUGAGAUCCCCUGAGAGUGACCCCUUCAGAAGACAGGAGAGAUUUAGAUAUAGAGCCAUACCAGAAGCUAGGAUGGGGUCACAUGAGGAAACUCUGGAUUCUGACAGUGUGAAAUCGGAGUCAGUGGCUCCAAGUCUAAGCUCUUCAUGGACAUCAGUGGAAGAACUGAGACAUUCCGAUUCAGAUGUUGCAUCCCCCAUUCAACUGCCAAUGGGAGAGUCGGAAUCCAUUCCAGCUUAUGGAAAUAUGGAGGACAAUACGAGACAAAGUGAGACUUCCAUCUCAUCAGUUGACCACUGGAGAGAAACUACUCAGAAUCUGGAGAAGAGGAUAUGUCCCCCACGUCCCUUUGACAAAAACGACCCAUCGUUCACAUACAUACAAAAUGAUACCCUCCCCCCUGAAUCCGGUCCAAGCAAUCUCAUUGACCCGGUACAUGAGUACAAGAUCCUUCCAAGCACAGAGGAAGCCAGUGAGAUAGAUAUCCUGGUAAAGUUCAGCAACAAUGUGUUUUGUUUUUCCGCAGCCUGCAUGAACUCUCGCACCAAUGGGACCAUUCAUUUUGGGGUGACAGGCGGGCCCGGUCACAUGCAUGGACAGGUGAUUGGGCAAAACCUGCCAUCAUUCAAUAUGUAUACAGACAAGUUUGACUUGCGUCUCAAGGAACACUUUGGAGAAGAAACAAACAUCGCAAGAGCAUGCAUCAGGCCUCCAAAAUUCUUUCAGGUUCAACGUCUAGAUGGCGCGACUUCAGACAAGUGGGUGAUAGAAGUUGAUGUUGUCCCAAGUUAUUCACAGACUCAAGAGAAGCUUUUCUAUACCUCAAUAAUAUCUGAACUAAAUGGAGAAGAAUACAAAACUGAAUGUCUAUUUAUUCGACAAGGCCCAAAGAGCAUCAACAUUCUUGCAGACAAUAAUCCCAGAAGUCUUCAGGAGAAGAUGAGAGGUUUGACAGAGGAAGUCAAAUAUUGGUCAUCAGCACGCAAGUCAAAAGAGGAGAGCAACUGUCAGCUGCCCAACCAAAACCACCAAGGACAGAGGCUAAAACAAUUGAUAACUCAUGGGAGAGACAMACUUGAAAACUCAUUGCAAGUUAUAGUUGUCACAAACAAGUGCCACCCCAGUCAACUUGAACAUUUGGGUUUUUUGAAAGAGAUGAAGUUGUUUGCAGUGCUCGAGUUUGACCCAGAAUCUGACAUGAACGGGACAUGCAGUUUCUACAGAGCAGAUCGCAUAGCUAAUCUUCACUACCCUCGAAUGUACAAUACCAAUGACAGUGUCUCCACUGUUAUCGGAAAGCUGAACUUGUUUAAGCAGACAAGCUGGGUCUUUUGUAAUGGUCGAGCAAAUGAGGUCAGUGAAGCAGACWGACCUUUCACUACCAGUGAAUGGCUGAAGAAACGUGCUGGAGAAAUCAGCGAUAUGGUUUCAUUUCUCUGCAAUCCAGAUGUCUUGUCGAAAGACAGAUUACUUGUGGUGUUCAUGCUUCACUCAGGAGUCACUGACAUCUCAAGCCCUAUACUUGAGGCCUUUUGUGCGAUCUAUCGCACUCUUGAGGGUGAGGAUAAUAUGCUCUGCAUAUGCAAAGAUUCAAAUGUAUUCAGUCAAUGGAGAGACAUGAUAAAUACUCGCUGCAAAGUGGAUAUCACCAGUAAAUGUAUCYACGAAUUGAGCCUGAAUGAAAUCGACUGCACCAUCAGGAAAAUCAAAGAACCUCAGACACGGUCCUCUAGGAGAUAUCUGCCAUCUUCUGGCUCCAGUUCGGUCCUCCUGACACAAAAAGACGAAGAGCUGAUGACGGUACUUGAUAUACUGAGUGAAAAUGAAUGUGAGAACACUGAAAUUGAAACCAAGGACACUUUUGAGGAAUUCAAGACCAACACAGAGGAGGACUUUUACAGAGGCGGACAAGUGACUUGGUGGAACUUCUACUUGUCCGAGAGGCCAGGUUGUCUGCCAUUCAUCAAACGUGACAAGUAUGAGGAUCUUCACAACCUGAUCACACCUACAGAGGGGUACACAUCGCCAUGCAUAAUAAUAAACCUCUUCCAUCAUCCAGGCUGUGGUGGAACAACACUGGCCAUGCACGUGUUGUGGAACUUGAGAUGUAAAUUCAGAUGUGCCGUUCUGAAAAACACCACAGYACAGAACAGUGAGAUCGCAGUCCAAGUCACACACCUGCUGACCUGUGGCAAAGAGAAGCAGUUGAGUUAUACUCCUGUUCUACUCUUGGUGGACAACUGGGAGGACGUUGAAGACCUACAGAGAUGCAUACUAAGUGCAGCCAACGAGAAGAAAAAACCUGAGACUCUGAUGGUCAUCAUACUGAACUGUGAGAGAUCACAGAUUCCUGCAGUGAGCUCYAKAAACAGCCGACUUGACAACGUCUUCAUGAUCAACAAACUCUCCACCAAAGAGCAGAGCUUCUUUGAGGUGAAACUGAAAGAGCUCAAAGGUCACCAUCARAAACCUGAAACGUUCUACGCCUUCAUGAUCAUGACAAACAAUUUCAGUGAGAAGUACAUAGAGAAUCUGGUGUGCAACACCCUGAAAGACCUUGACACCUCCAGAAAAGAAGGACAGCUAUUUUCACUCUUAGCUUUGCUAAAUACAUAUGUGAACGGCUCCUAYAUGGCCCUGUCCCUCUGUGAGGAGUUUGUGGGGAUUAGGAAUGCUCUGUGGGGAAAAGARACACUUGASGACAAAAUGAACCCAUACUCCACGCUUCUGAUCCACUUCAACAUUGAAGAGCACGGCACCUAUCAGGCAGUUCGGUUUCUACACCAAAKGAUUGCAAGUAAUUGCCUCAAAGUMCUCACCGGAAAGCACAAGCUUCAWCUGGGGGAAAUAACAACCAAUCUGUUACACUGUGACUUGCUGUACAAAUCUGGCAUGGGUAAGGAYAUCCUGGUUCAAAACAUCCAAAGUAUGCUGAUCACRCGGCAAAGAAAGGAACUUGGACAUGACAAAGAUACACUGUUCUCUCCUUUGAUUGAAGACAUACAGACGGAUGAGGGAAUCAGCCAAAUCAAAGAAGUUCUUGUAAGAGCAACAAAGAGAUUUGACAAAAACGCAACUCUGCCACAAGCUUUGGCAAGGCAUUUCUAUCUGAAAGAGAAGGAUUAUAUAUCUGCUCUGCAAUGGGCCAAGGAUGCACAGCAGAAAAUGUACAAUUCUUACAUUGCUGACACAUUAGGACAGGUGUACAAAAGCCACCUAAAAUAUGAAAUUGAACAUGCUGAGGAGCUCACUCCAGAAGGGUUAGACAAAUGCCUAAAAUUAGCAUUUCAGGCCACCAAAGCAUUCAGAGAUUCACAGGAACUCGCAAAGAAGGAUGAGCCAAUGGAUUCCCUUGAUCUGSCCAACAGAAAGAGGCAACGAACCUACAACACAUCUGGGUAUGUCGGUGAAAUGGAAGUUUCAAUGAUUGUUUUWGAUAUCAUCAAAGAUAUUCCUUUUUUCAACAAAAGUGACGCACUCCAGCGAGACAAAAUGCUGCAGUUCCUCAAAAACCACUUGCCAGUGAGKGAUUUUCAUGAAACAACAAACAGUACAAAUGAUCAAUUCAUUGCUGUUCUGGCAGACCACGAGAAAUUCCUGGUCUCUUUGAAGCCACGGCUGAAGGAGAUGUUCAGUUUUUUUGAGAACUACUUCACAUACCUGAAGCCAAGGUCAAUUGAGAAGGAGACAGCAGAGGACAGAAACAAACGAAAAGUAUCAGGGCACUUCAAGAAGUACAUUCACAUCUUCUGUUCCUCGGGAGAAGAGAGGRCCUCUGAAAGGGCCAGUMAACCAAAACUGAGUAUCCGGCAGGAGAUWGAGGAGCAGCGAAACUAUUUGGAGCAAAAGCGAGCAGAUUCAUUUGCUGGUCUUCUCCAGUAUCUGAAUGAGAAGAAUGGGAAUCAAAUUGAAUUAAUUCUGAAGAAAUGGCAGUUCAUUGUUCAAAAUUCUACACGGAAACUCAUGGCUGACCGGAUCAAUUUCAUCCUUGCAAACAUUGUUCUUCACUGCAUUAAGCMRAGCUCAACAUUGCUGAAGAGGUACGAGGAGCUGGUCUCCCUUCUCAACGAGGCACUGCAAGAAGAGGGAACCCAUUCAAACUGCACAGAGCUGUACUACCUCUCAAUGUUGCUGAUGUGGCCAAGAAAGGACAACCUGCUUGAGAGCACCACAACGUYCAAAAACAUUGGCACAGGGACCCAAAACCUCACACAAGAAGGCCUCAUCCAAAGAUAG